GAAUGAACUUUUUCAUCUCCAUGUGGAAAUGAGGAUAUUUCAAGUCCAAAAUUUUUACAUAAAGUACAGUCGAUUUUCGUGGUACGCUUGUGAUUGUUAUUCCAUGCAAAAUGCAAUGCAAAAUCAAUGAUCUACCUGACGAAUUGUUGGAGUAUAUCCUAAGUUUGAUACCACCUUACAAAGAUCUCCAAGAGUGCAGACUCGUUUGUAAAAGAUGGUACCGCGCUACUAAAAAUGUAAUAGAGCAUAAUGAAGCGCAUUUUCAAAAGUCUGUCGCUUUUGGAUCUUUGCUAUGGAAUUCAUUACCAUCUAUGCAUUGGAUAUCUACUAUUGGAAAAAGACACUCACAUUCUGCUUGUAUAUAUGAUAACUCUAUGUAUGUUUUUGGUGGCUGUACAGCUACAAUGACAACAUUCAAUGAUUUAUGGCAGUUAGAUUUAGGCACAAGAACAUGGGUUAGACCAAUCACUAUGGGCAACUAUCCAUCGCCUAAAGCUUGUGCCACUAUGCUGUAUUAUAGGAACAGCUUAAUUUUAUUUGGAGGUUGGUCUCAUCCGUCGCCAUAUCCUUUACAUCAGCAGUGGAAAUUGUUUAAUGAAUUACAUGUAUACUGUAUAAAAUCAAAUAAAUGGACUGCUAUAAACACAUUAGAAACUCCACCACCAACAUCUGCACAUUCUGCAACAAUACAUAGGAAUUUAAUGGUUGUUUUCGGUGGAGUUUGUAAUGGAUACUACAGUAGUUCUAAUGAUGUAUGGUGCUUAAAUUUGGAUUCAUAUACCUGGCAUAAACAAAAUACAUCAAAUUUGAAGCCGCAGCCACGUUAUGGCCAGUCGCAAAUUAAACUUGGAGAGAAACAUUUACUUGUACUUGGAGGUUGUACAGGACCAAAUGCUGCUAUGAAUGAUGCUUGGCUAUUAACGAUGGAAGGUGAGUCUUGGACAUGGAAGAAAAUCAAUAUGCACAAUACUGAAUGGGCACCAACGCGUAUUUGGUGUCAUCAGGCUUGUAAGGUGGGAAAUUAUAUCAUUGUACUUAGUAAAAAUAGACGUCAAACAAAGCCAAAUGAUAUGAGUAUCUCAUUGAGAAAGGUUCAAAGGAGUACUUCACCACGUUUAUGUGAAUCAAAUCUUUUGACCGAAAGGCAAGGCAACGUAUCUGUAGAUAAAGAUGAAAAUAUAAAUGGACGGCAUGGAGCAUUCUCUAGAUCACAUUCGCAAAAUGCACAUCCUUCAUCGCAUACAUCUAAUAUCUCAAAAACGAUACCGUUUUAUGGUGAUAAUACCCUAAGCAUGGCCGCAUUUCGCGAUCAACCUCUUCGUAGUAACGCAAUCUCGAAUAGACAACGUCAGUUGGAAUCGUUAAGAAGAAUGGAGGAGAAAAUUCGUAAUAAGAAGACACAGCUGAUGAAAGUAUCCAAAAAAGCUGAGAACACAUUAUCGAUAUUUGUAUUAGAUAUUACUAAUGUUCUUUCGGACGACUGCAAUGCUUUGUGGAUUCCCUUAAAACAAAAUGAUCGUUCGGGACCCGAUGAGAGAAUUCUAUAUUCUCUUGUAGUGGGAAGGGGAGAAUUAAUAGUUUUUGGAGGUAUUCGUAGAGAUGAUUCUGUAGUAUAUAAUGAUCUCCAUUUUAUAAACCCACCUCGAUAUGUUAUUUAA